UACAAUUUUAAAGAUGUCCUUAGAUUUCACCUUCAAUUCCUUCCUCUGAGGAGUCCUUGAUAGUGUCAGGAUUAAUCCCAGAUACAUCACAGAAUCACCCAUUAUCAGGCUCAGAUGUGCCCAAUGUCUUGGAGUAAACGGACUUUUGUUCUUAGGGUCUACUCUUCUACAAGGAUACUUCAGCUCUCUUCUACUGCCACUAUACUACUUAUUCUGGAUAUUCCCUCUCUAUGUCUUAUCCAUGGUUCUUUCGUUAUUUUGGAUUCAGGACAUCUUUGACGAAGCUUAUGAGAUAUCCAACAGAAAAAGAGAGGUAAAAGUGAAGCUAGCUAAAAUCUCAUUCUUCGACACAGUUGCAAAUAUGAUUUUCCGUAAAGGAAUCAUCAUAAUUUAUAUGAUUCAAGUUAUGAUAGUCAGCUACCUCCCUCUAUACAUUGGAGAUGUCUGCUCCGUGAUCCUUUUCUGCUGGCUCUAUUCGUAUAAUUGCUUUGAAUACAAAAUAUUUGCACUGAGACUUAACACAAUGGAAAGCAUACAGGUUUUCGAGACAAAUUGGGCAUAUUACUUCGGAUUUGGCUUUAUCUUCACAAUUCUGUUGUAUAUGUAUCCUGGGUUAGUCAAUUCAGGAAUCUUUGCUUUGUUCUUCCCCUUCCUAGUUCUUGUCAGUGUAGAAGCUUCACCUCCUUCGAAUCAGAAAUUAUUAGAAAUACUUAAAGCUAAAAUGGAGAAAAGCAAGAUUAAAAAGAGUCUGAAAGUUUUCUCAAGCACUGUGAAGCAAGAAUUCAGCGAUACCUAUCUCAUUAGAAAGAUGAUCAAACAGAAAGAGACCGGUUUGAUUCCUUCAAGAAUCCAAAUGUUCUGGCUCCCUAGAAAGGUCUACUCCUUCCUGAUUGUCAAAAUGCAGAAGUUCACUACAAUUGAGUAAUUAUGAAUUUCAAUUUGUCAGAA